CAGUUUGAGUAAAAUUAUACAUAGACGAUUUGGACCAGAAAUUUACAAAGUAGCAUAAGCUAGUGCUAGUACGGGCUAUACGGGCCGGACAUGUAUUCUGGUCCUCGACCUGGGCCACAAAAGGCCACGCUGACAUUUUUCUUCCCAACUUCUCUCACUGACACGUGAGCCCGUCUUCAUACUGACCGGACCCGGUCCCUGAGACAAAAUCCCGACCCAGCCCACAUCGGAGGAAUCGCCGCCGCACCCAACCGCAUGCCACUGCGCCGCCUCGCUCCUCUCCUCCCGAACCCGCGCCGCCUCCUCCGCUCCCUAAACCCUAGCCCCGCCAUGUCCCCUGCCGCCCGCGUCGCCACGGCCGCCGACCCCGACGAGGACCUCUGCGCCAGUGCCGCGGCUGCUGACGCUGCAGUGGAGGAAAUCGCGCCGGCCCUGCCCCUCCCGCCGCCUCCGGUGUCCACGGAGGAGAGGGCGGAGCGCGCGUGGGCGCACUGGAGGCGGCUGGGGUCCCCGAGGUUGAUGGUGGCGCCGAUGGUGGACAACUCCGAGCUGCCCUUCCGCAUGCUGUGCCGCCGCUACGGCGCCGAUGCGGCCUACACGCCCAUGCUCCACUCCCGCAUCUUCUCAGAGAACGACAAGUAUAGGUCCAUGGAGUUCACCACGUGCAAGGAGGAUCGCCCACUUUUUGUUCAGUUUUGUGCGAAUGAUCCUGACAUUUUGUUACAAGCUGCAAAGAUUGUGGAACCAUAUUGCGACUAUGUUGAUAUCAAUUUUGGUUGCCCGCAGCGUAUUGCAAGACGGGGGAACUAUGGGGCAUUUCUCAUGGACAACCUUCCCCUUGUAAAAUCCCUUGUGCAGAAUCUAUCAGCUAACCUCCAUGUUCCAGUCUCGUGUAAGAUUCGCAUAUUCCCACGAUUGGAGGACACGCUAACCUAUGCAAAGAUGCUUGAGGAAGCUGGUGCCAGUCUUGUGGCUGUCCAUGGUCGGACAAGAGAUGAAAAAGAUGGAAGGAAAUUUCGAGCUGACUGGGAUGCCAUCAAGGCUGUCAAAGAUGCUCUCAGAAUACCUGUUCUUGCAAAUGGAAACAUUCGCCAUAUGGAGGAUGUACAGAACUGCCUGGAACAUACUGGUGUUGAUGGUGUGCUUUCAGCUGAAACCCUUCUAGAAAAUCCAGCACUCUUUGCUGGUUUCAGAACAAAGGAAUGGAAAGAAGACGGCGAUGAAAACGGAGAUUGCGGCUUGGACCAGGCUGAUCUAGUGAUUGAAUAUUUGAAGCUGUGUGAGCAAUACCCUGUUCCGUGGAGAAUGGUUAGAUCUCAUGUCCACAAGAUGUUGGGGGACUGGUUUAGGGUGCAUCCAGAGGUGAGGGAGGAACUCAAUAAGCAGUCCAAGCUCACCUUCGAAUGGUUGCAUGACAUGGUAAUGAGACUGAAGGAACUCGGUGGAAGAAUACCUCUUUACAGAAAAGAGAGUGCUCUACAGGCAACAACAAAUGGGCUGGCUGCUAGCAACACCUGACGAUUCACCAUCAAUUUUGAAACCUAUUGCUUAUCAAUUUUUGGAGAGAAGGAAAAUAUGAACAAGAAAGCAUUACUCGCCAGGUUUAUUGCAUUAGUAUAAAUUGGAGCAACAUUGUUGUAACCGAACACUCUGGCAGUGACCAGAGAAACAACUAUAGUUAGUCAAGCUAUUCGAGUGGUUGCUCAAUUGAUAUGUUUUGAGCAGCUACAAUGGAUCACCUCACUGUUGUAACAGCUGAUACGUAGAUCUGCAUACAUUAUUGUACGAUUUCAGGUACAUCAGAUUUGCAAUUGAAGAAUGUUCAGUUGCUUUGC